AUGGAUGCUCUACAUGAGGCCCUCCAAUGCCUCAAGCCGACAUCAUGGGACGAUGUCCCCCAGGAUCCUGAUGAGCUCCGUGACUACGUGCGCGAGAUCUUGAAAAACAGCCGCUUGAUAGCGGAGUCACUUCCAGAUCCCCCAAUUUCCGACAGCGAUGAAUACCCCGGUUUAGACGCCCCGAUAGACUCUUCCUCCCGACGAAUCAUCCCCUCAUCCGCACGAGUGGAAGAAACCGACCCUGAGAUCACACAACUACAAAAAGAAUGGGGGAAGCCAGUGAAGAUGGGCGGACCAAAGGACAACCCGUUGGAUGUGACUGUGUGGAAACUUUCUGCGAGCGACGGCGGAGGCUCAUGGUUCGGGCGACGGAGUGUGCACGAAGGCCUUCCAUUCUCGCGGUGGCGGAAGAAGCUUUCAACUGAGUACGAUGAAACGCUCAAAGUAAACCGCAAAAAGAUUGCGAAGGGACAGACGCCCGACAAGAGCAUCCGCGGGAUCGGCGCCCAAGAAAAGAUCGAGACUAUUAAGGUCCAGGACCAUGACGGCUCGGUUCUGGGAGAGUUAAUUGUUUACCACGUCUCGGCGCAGUUUCCCAAACCUACUGCUCCCCGUGACUUUGUGGAGUUGGUCAUCAAUUCUGAUUGUGGGUUGCAAGCUGGGGGCUCUAAGCAGCCUGGUCGCAGCUGGAUCAUGAUCUCCAAGCCCUGUGACCACCCCAGUAUCCAGCAUCAGCCGGGGUAUACUCGCGGAGAGUACGAGUCUGUCGAGCUCAUUCGGGAGAUUCCUAAGAAAAACGGCAGUGGAAGCAGCUCCCUUCACCAGGGGAUUAAGAAUCAUAAUGGGUCUUCAUCCUCCAAUCUGCAACGCCCUGAGGGGCUAACUGAGCAGGAUGGAGAUGGGGAUGGUCAAGACGAAGAAAUGAAUCCUGUUGAAUGGAUCAUGGUCACCAGGAGUGACCCGGGCGGCAACAUCCCACGGUGGAUGGUUGACAAGGGAACACCGCGAAGCGUGGGGACGGACGCCGCUAAAUUCAUCAACUGGGCUGUCCAAGAUGAUAAGCCGCCUAAGCAAGAAGCAAGCACAGGUACGGAAGCUGCGAAUAAUUUAGCAGGCGCCAAGGCUAAAGCUGGGGAGACUCCGAAUGAAUACGACUCCGAUCAGGCAGACGAUUCGGAUUCAGAUUACGAAUCACUCGACAGCGAUGGCGAGCAUUCGCAUCAUGGUCUCAUCGCCAGUGUCACCGGCUUGCUCAGUACUGGAUUAGAGCGAUUCGCACCACAUGUUCUAGGCUAUGGUGCCCACCAUGAGGUAUCGGGUGAUCUCCCAUCUGCGGACGAGGUUUCCUACAUCGAUGCAGAUGGCGUGGCACAUCUAAACACAAAAAGUGUUCAACAGGAUCAAACAGCGUUUGAUGCCCAAUCUUCAACAUCCCAUGAGCGGGACCAGGCUUCAUCUUCCUCCUCGGUCAAUUCCGAACACGCAGCUACUUCCAUCGACGAGGCAGCACACAACAACAUGUCCUCGGAGGAGCUGAUCAAAAUGACAAAGAAUGGCAAGCUCACUUCCCAAGAGAAAGAUCUCGCAAAGCUAGCCAUUCGCAAACGCGAGGUCGAAGGCAAGCUAGUCGAAGUUCGCGGCGAACUCGACAAGCUUCAGAUCUCAUCGCAGCCGCCUGGCGUCUCCGGAACCCCACUGAAAGGCAUCAGUGAGGUAGACAGCGAUACUAGCGAGAUGCGCAAGCGUGCUGGGGCGAAUAUGUCCCCCAGACCCCCCAGCACUCGCACACAAGAGAGCCAGAGCCAAGUGCAGAGCGAAAUUCACAACGAAGACAAGUCAUCUACCCGGACGGCAACGCCUGAACCGCCAGCGCCUCUCUCCAAAGCAGCCGCUCACUUUCUCAAUGGGGAGUCUAAGCUGGUUAAGCAGCUGCACAAGAUUGAAGCUAGCCAGCGGAAACUUGUGUUGAAGAUUCAAUCGAAGCAGCGAAAGGAGGCAGAGCGCUUGGAGAAGUCUAAGUCCAAGAUCAAGUCUGAGGUAGAUAGCUUGAAGCACGAGGUACAUGAUCUCAAGAAGGAGCUCAAGCAGCUUCGCUCCGAGCGCCAGAAAUGGAUCGAUCUUGUUUCUUCGUUGCAGGUAGAGAAUACGAGGUUGGCGGCGAAGUCGGAGGGUGCUUAA